UCACAGCCGGCUGCUCCUCAGGGAGCGGGAGAGCUCAGAUCGGGAUGUUGGAAAUGUGCGGGAGGCUCUGACUGGGACUUGCUGCAGGAUAAAAAAUGAAAUUCUCCAGGCUGGCCGGCAGGGAAGAGAGCAUGAUUGGAUCCCUGUGCUCCACACUCGCCGGAUUUUGAGUUCCUGCAAAGCUCAGCCCCGCAGUGGUGCUGCAAGCGGCUCCCCCAUGGCUGCAGCCAGCGGCGAGGGGACAGCAGGGACCCGGCUCCUGCCAGCUGGCACUGCCCUGGCCCUGCUCGGUGGCCUGGUCUACCUGGGCACCCUGUGCGCUGCCUGUAAACGGAAGGGCAGGAAGAAAGUCGCUCCAGAUGGGGUGAAGCUCGUGGAUGAGGCCCUGCUCUGCCAGACACAGCUGCGGUCACUCAGCAAGUCGGACACGAAGCUGCACGAGCUGUACCGGGUGAAGGUCAGAGAUGAUGUCCAGCGUCCAGCCAGCCUGGAUCUCCCCGGUCCCACGGCCCCCGGAGGCGAAUCCCUGCACAGCUCCGGCCUCCUGCACCGUGAGCUGCCCCAGAUCCCCGUCCCUGAGCCCCCGGCCACUUCCCCAGCCCCCGACCAGACCUACUCCAACCUGCUCUUCACCCCGCUGCGGAAAGCAGCGCCAGACGCUGUCUAUGAGUGCCUGGCAGUGGGGGGGGAGGGCACCCCGGUGCCCCCCAUGCCAGCUGGCACCCAGGUGUCCCCUCCACGGGCUGUGCAUGGGGCAGCCGAUUAUGCCUGUGUCCAUAAAGUGAAGAAGGCGGUGUCGGUGGAGGCGCAGGAUGGGGCUGUGGCAGGACCCCCUGGAGCACAGCACUGCUGGGAUGGAGCAGGCAGUGCCCCUAAGGCCAAGCUGGAGGAGAUGUACUCGACGGUGUGCAAAGCCACCAAGAAGAAAUCCCAGGUCUCUGCAUCAACCCCGAGGGCUGUGAAGGAGGCGGGGUGUGGGUGGCCACCCCCCUGCCAGCAGGAGGGGGCCCCAGCAGCCCCAGGUCCCCCUGACCCCUGUUACGAGUCCAUCAACGACAGAGCAUGGACUGCUCAGGCCCGUGGCCCCGACCCUGACUAUGAGGCUGUGGACAUUAACUGGAAGAAGGCAGCAAAACGGGACAAGCCGGGGAAGCCCCGUGUCCCCGAGAACCUGUACGAGAGUGUGGCGGACGUCUGGGCAGGGGAGUCCCGGAAAGUCUCUGCCCGGACGGCGGCCAAUGGGCUGGAGGUUUACAUCACCAACCUAUAGCCCCCCGGGAGAAGGGGCAGGGCCACAGGGGGGUCCCACCUGGCUGGACACCGUCGGGUGCCAAAGGGACAGGUGCCAGCAGCCCUGUGCUCACCAGAGCCCUGUGCCCUGCACUCACUCUCUGUAUAUAUUUUGUAUUACUUCUCUGUGAGUGUCCUUGUCCCAUCCCAGCCCAGCUGGUGCCAGCAGGUUGCUGGUGGGAUGUCCCAAGAUGGGCAGUUUGAGGGUGCUGGGUGCUGUGUGGGACCCCCGUGAGACAGGGCUGGCACUGGUACCAAGAUGGGAACAGGGUGGGGACCAGUCACAUUUUGGGGCAGGGGGGUGACGGGGCUGCAGCCAGCCCCAUGCCUUGGGCUGCAGGAUCAGACC